GGACAGGCACUGCGCCCGCGCGCCGAGCGAUCUGCGAGCAGCUGACCGCCGCCGCGCCAGGUCCAUGGCCCACAGGAUGGGUCCCAUGUUCCCCGCAGGCAGCCAGGACGAGUUCUCGUCGAUGCUGAGCCGGCGGAUGUACCCGUCGGCGCUGGCCGUGCAGCCGCCGGCCGGCCAGUGCGCUGCCAAGAUCUGCAGCGUCUGCGGCGACCAGGCCAAGAGCCUCCACUUCGGCGGCAUGGCCUGCGACUCCUGCAAGGCCUUCUUCCGGCGCAGCGUGCAGAACGAGGCGUACAAGCACUUCCGAUGCUCGUACGACGAGCACUGCCCCAUCACCAUCAGCUCGAGGAAGACCUGCCAGUUCUGCAGAUUUAAGAAGUGUACAGAGAAUGGCAUGGAGAAAACGUGGGUGAUGACCGAGAAGGAGAGGACGGAGCAGCUCAAGAUACGCCAGGAAAAGAAGCGCCAGAAGCAGCUGGAGGAAGAGCGUCGCCGCAGCUCCCAAGAGCACAGCCUGCUGCCGUACGAGCGGAACCCGGCGGACCGUGGCAAGUUCCUCUCCGACGCGGACAUGCAGGAAAUCGACGAGCUCUUCAGCUCAUUCUACAGAAUGUACCAGAGCAAUCCGCUGCCCACUGUCAAGGGCUCGGACUCAGACCCAACGCCCUGCAGCAUCAUGGUCAACGUGUUUAUCGGCUCCAUCUCCCGCUUGGUCGGCUUCGUCGCCGAGCUCGGCCGGUUCCGCCAGCUGAACGCCACGGACCAGAAGAUCCUGCUGAAGAACGGCGUGCUGGCGAUGGUUAUCCUCCGGGGCGCCAUGAUGUUCGACAGUAAGCAGAAUUCGUUCAUGCUGAAGUCAUCGCCGAAGGCGGACCACGCGCCUACCGUGGAGAUUGGCCACAUGCAGUCGCUGUUGUCUCCCGAGCUCUAUGAGCACCACUUCAAGUUCCACAGAAUGAUCCGGAGCCUGGGGUUGGACGAGACGACGCUCAUGCUGCUGCAGAUGGUGGUGUUGUACUCCUCGGACCGCAUGGAGUUGACCGACCCGGCCGCUGUCGCCGCCAUAGAGGAGCACUACACGGACCUGGUGCGCCGCUACAUGCGCUGGCAGUACGGCGAGGAGAACACGCGGCUCCUGUUCCCCAAGAUGCUGCACCGGCUCACCGACCUGCGGACACUCACCGAAGCACACAACAUGCACACGGUCAACUUUCCCCGCUUGGACAUGGACAGGGUGGUCGAUAAGCUACGCAUGAUGGAUCUGAACCCGUACCCGAUGUACCCUGACUUCCUCGUGCCCGAGCGGGAGCACGGGCCGCCGCAGCGCCACCACAGCGAUAUGGGGGGCAGGACGGAAGUGCGGCAGGAGCGGCGGCCGGCGCAGCGGUCUAUGAGCCUGUCCGACUACCCGGCCGGCUUCGGGCGCGCCCAGUCUGAACCUCAGGGCGCCGAGGCCGCGCCCUUCCAGCAGCAGCCGUUCCUGGGCUACGCCGAGGGCUACGGCAACACGCGGGCGUGCUCCUUCGGGCGCGAGCCCCAGCAGCAGUGGAUGCCGGGGUACCAGGAGCCAACGCCCGGAGUGCUACCGAUGUGGACCGACGGGCACCGGGGGCAGCCGACCCCGUCCGGCGGCGCCGCCAGCUUCGGCGCGCCCGUCGUCGACCCUGACCUGGACGACAUUCUGGACUGGCUGCUGGCAGGGUUUGGCGCCAAGGGGCGCGAGGAGAAGCGGAUGAAAACCGAGCCACCCUCGCCGAUGAUGUCACCGCAGAUGCGGCCCUGCGCAAAUGACGUCACCGCAGAUGCGGCCCGCGCAAAUGACGUCACCGCAGGUGCGGCCCACGCAAAUGACGUCACCGCUGGCACACCAAGUGCCGCCGGUGCUGGCGACCAGUGCGGCGGCCAGCUACCCGUCCGCUGGGCAGCAGGUGCUCGCUGGCAGAACGCUGCGGCUGGCCCAGCAGCCGCCGCAGCAGUUCCAGGGCUACUGCGACCAGCGCGGCUACGAGCGGGUGCUGACACACCACUUUCCGCCGGCUGACUACCACGUGACCUACUCCCGGCAGGAGUGAGUGGCGCGCCGCCAGCGCCGCGUUCGCCUUUGAUGUCGACCGAAAUCAAAGCUACAGGGUCUUUGUGUGAUAUAUAAUUAACCUGUGCAGUGUUCACGUGCGCUUUGAGUGUGCCACCGAGAGCCCUGGCGCCCCCCGACGCCCGCGCCGGCGUCUGGCGGCUCUGUGCGCAGCCGGGAGC